AUGUCUCUACACAAUCGCAAAUUCUCCAUGAACCGCUCCUCUGGAGUACCCAGAGAAUCAACUCGGCUUACGCGCAGGUUCAGCUCUCAUGAGCCGAGUGCUAAUGAAACAAACUCCAAGAUCCACAAGCAGUUCCGCAAUGCCCAUCAAGGCCACAAACCACACGCAGGUCUUGAUCCUACUCGUGCCUCCACCGGCGUGAUUUGGUGCACAGAGAGAGCCUACGAGCAUGGUUUCUUGGAUGAGCCUGAAAAAUGGGCAAAUCUGGGUCAGGGUGCGCCGGAAGUCGACGAUGAAAUCGAAGGCAGUUUCGACAGACCACAGACCGUUGAUAUUUCUAUGACCGGAAGAGAAUAUGGACCUACCGCCGGAAUCAAGGGAUUGAGAGCUGCCGUUGCGAAUCUAUACAAUGCGCAUCAUAGGGAAGGCAAGGAGUCUCAGUAUACCUGGGAGAACGUGUGCAUUGUACCAGGUGGCAGAGCUGGACUCAUCAGAAUUGCCGCUGUGUUGAAUAAUGCCUAUCUGGGAUUCUUCAUCCCAGAUUAUACGGCUUACAAUGAAAUGUUGUCGCUAUUCAAGAAUUUUGCAGCUAUCCCGUCUCCUCUGGCUGAGGAGGAUGGUUAUAAUAUCCACCCCGACAAAAUCGCCGAAGAAAUCGCUCGAGGAACAUCUGUCAUCUUAACAUCCAACCCUCGGAAUCCCACUGGAUUCGUGGUCAAAAAUCCGGAACUCGCCGAGAUCCAAGACAUUUGCCGUGACCGAGCAACUUUGGUGAUGGACGAGUUUUAUGGUGGCUACAACUAUACUUCAGACUGCGAUGGUACCACCAUCAGCGCGGCUGACAACAUUGAGGACGUUGACGAGGAUGAUGUGCUGAUCAUUGAUGGGCUUACCAAGAGAUUCCGACUUCCAGGUUGGAGAAUUGCAUGGAUUGUUGGGCCAAAGGAAUUCAUCAAAGCCAUCGGCUCUUGCGGAUCCUACCUCGACGGCGGAGCUAAUGUUCCGUUCCAAGAGGCUGCAAUCCCCAUGCUUGACCCAGACAAUGUCCUCAAAGAAAUGAAGGCGCUACAAUCCCAUUUCCGGGCCAAGAGAGACUACGUCGUAGAACGUCUCCGUGGGAUGGGAUUCCACAUCAAGACCGUUCCUGACUCUACAUUCUACCUCUGGCUUGACCUCGAGGGACUCCCAGAGGCAAUCAGUGAUGGAUUGAAUUUCUUCCAAGCUUGUCUUGAGGAGAGGGUCAUUGUCGUUCCGGGUAUUUUCUUCGAUCUUAACCCGAGCAAGAGAAGAGAUUUGUUUGACAGUCCUUGUCAUCACUUCGUCCGAUUCAGCUAUGGUCCCAAGAUGGAAACACUGAAGAUGGGUCUUGAUGGUAUUGAGAGGGUUGUUACGAAAUAUAAGCACGGCGCCAAGAUCGCCCAAUGA